AUGGAAAGAUUACAAAGAUUGUUAGGCGGAGCAAAUGGAUCGGUUGGGAAUGGUGGAUCUCAACUGAGUGACUCUGCCGCAAUAGACGACUCAGAAACCGUUUACAUAUCAUCUUUGGCGCUUUUGAAAAUGCUUAAACAUGGUCGGGCGGGAGUACCCAUGGAAGUUAUGGGUUUAAUGCUUGGCGAAUUUGUGGAUGAUUUCACCAUUCAUGUAAAAGACGUUUUCGCGAUGCCUCAAUCUGGAACAGGUGUUUCUGUUGAAGCUGUCGAUGACGUGUUUCAAACAAAGAUGAUGGAUAUGUUGAGGCAAACUGGCCGUGACCAGAUGGUUGUUGGAUGGUACCACUCACAUCCUGGUUUUGGCUGUUGGCUCUCAUCAGUCGACGUCAAUACGCAACAAAGUUUUGAGCAAUUAAACAAAAGAGCAGUGGCUGUUGUCAUUGAUCCAAUUCAAUCGGUGAAGGGAAAAGUCGUAAUUGACGCGUUUAGAACCAUUGAUGCAAGCACCUUAAUGAGGGGCCAGGAACCUAGACAGUCUACUUCAAACGUUGGACACUUGAACAAGCCUUCCAUUCAAGCGUUGAUACAUGGCCUUAACAGGCAAUAUUAUUCUUUGAAUAUUGACUACCACAAAACCCUGUACGAAACGAACAUGCUUUUGAAUCUUCAUAAAAAUUCUUGGCAAAGUGGGUUGAAGAUGAUUGAUUACAGCAAGUCUGAACAUGAAAACUUAUCCAACAUACAAAGUUUAGUGAAGACCGCGAAGUCUUACAAUGAAAGGGUCACUGAGGAGAAAGAGUUGCUGGAAGAUCAGUUGAAAACAAGAUAUGUUGGUAAGCAAGAUCCAAAGAAGCAUUUAUCUGAAAAAUCUGAGAGGAUCAUAGAGGACAACGUGACAUCAUUGUUAACGAGUAAUAUUAACUCUAUCGCAAUUCAAUAG